CUCCCAGUGUCGGAGUUCCCCUUCAUCAUCGCCUAUGCACCCACGGAACCCAUUCUCCGCAUCACCAGAGCCCUCAUCCAGCCCAUUGGGGGGGUCGACAUCGCUCCCAUUGUGUGGCUUGCAUUGAUAAGCUUCCUUAACGAGAUCUUGUUGGGCCAGCAGGGGCUGCUCGUGCUGAUAGCGAAUCAGGAGUCACUCUUGUGA